UCAAAACUGACUCUCAAUUGUAUUACCAAGUCUUCCUCUGCACAGAACGAAAGAGCCAACACUUCGAAACUUCUUUCCCCAUUAGUCCAAAUUUUGAGCAGCUCUAGUACUAUUCAUGAUAGAAGAAAAUCUUCAGAUCUAAAGCUUAAACCCUAAGUAAAUCGCCAUGGCAGCCAUGGUGUCCUCCGUACAAAUACAAUCAAACCUAUGGGACGGAGUGAUGGAACUGACCAAGUCGGCUCAGCAGAAAGGCACCGACCCUUUGAUGUGGGCCAUCCAACUUUCUUCCAACCUUAACUCUGCUGGACUCUCCAUGCCUUCCACCGACGUAGCGAACCUUCUCGUUUCUCAUAUCUGUUGGGCUAAUAACGUUCCUAUUGCUUGGAAGUUUCUAGAGAAAGCUUUGACCCUUCGUGUUGUCCCUCCUAUGUUCGUUCUCGCUCUUCUUUCCACCAGAGUGAUCCCUGCUCGCAGGAGCUAUCCAGUGGCGUAUAGGCUCUAUAUGGAACUUCUAAAAAGAUAUGCUUUCUCAUUGGCGUCUCUGAUUAAUGGUCCAAAUUAUCAAAAGAUUAUGGAAGCAAUAAAUGAUACAUUACAUCUUUACCAGAUAUUUGGACUUCAAGGAUCUGAAAGUGGUCUAAUUGUGGUUGAAUUUGUUUUUGCUAUUGUAUGGGAGUUACUUGAUGCGUCCCUUGAUGAUGAGGGAUUGAUGGAACUGACUGCUGAAAAGAAGUCCAGGUGGCCUAUUACAUCUCAAGACAUGGGAUUGAAUAAUCAUGAUGGUUUUGCUGGGGGAAGAACAGAAAAGCAUGAAGGAUUAUGUAAAAUGAACACAGUUAUGGCUAUUGAAAUAAUUGGUGAAUUUUUUCGAGAUAAAGUGACUUCUGCGAUCCUUUAUUUGGCACGCAAGAACAUGCCCGGACAUUGGGAAUCUUUUACCCAGAAUUUAAGACUUCUCGUGUCAAACUCAUCAGCUUUAAGAAACUCUAAGAAUAUUUCUCCGGAGGCUUUGCUGCAGUUAACAUCAGAUAAUCAUGUAGUCCUCUCUAGAAAGCGCAAAACAAGCUCACAGAAAAAGUUUCAUGCUGUAGUGGUGUCUGGUUCGCUUGCAUCUUCUGCAGAUCAGUGUCAUGGUGCUAGUCCAUCAGUGCUGUGGCUCCCCUUCGAUCUCUUUCUAGAGGACACCAUUGAUGGGUCACAAGUAGCAGCUACAAGUGCUGCUGAAACACUCACCGGUCUAGUGAAGGCUCUGCAGGCAGUUAACUCUACAACCUGGCAGGACACUUUUCUUGGAUUAUGGAUUGCAGCCCUAAGGCUUGUUAAUAGAGUAAGAAUUCAUGAUGAAUCCCUUCCAUUCAUUGUUAAGUUGAAUUCAGAAAUCGNAGCGAAUCUUAUUGAAGAGGAGGAAAGGAAUUGUAGCUCUACCAAUCAAACUAAAGAGUCCUCCAGAAAGCGUCACCAAGACUUGCUAUCUACCCUUCAGCAACUUGACGAUUAUGAAGGCUUGUUGACCCCACCAUUGCCUGCUGCUCCAUUGGCAAAUCAAGCUGCCGCAAAAGCAAUGAUGUUCCUUUCAGGUUUACGUGUUGGGAGUGGCUAUUUUGAGGGAAUGAGCUUAAAUGACAUGCCUGUCAAUUGCGCUGGAAACCUGCGGCACUUGAUUGUCGAAGCUUGCAUUGCUAGAAACAUUUUGGACACGUCUGCUUAUUUGUGGCCCGGAUAUGUAAAAGGUAGAUGCGAUCAAGUGCCUCGUAGUGUCUCGGGCCAAAUGCCUGGCUGGUCAUCAUUGAUGAAGGGGUCUCCCUUAACUCCUCCAAUGGUCAGUUCUUUAGUAUCAACACCAGCAUCAAGUUUAGCAGAAAUAGAGAAAAUAUAUGACAUUGCCGUCAAUGGCUCGGAUGAUGACAAGAUUUCUGCUGCUACUAUUCUCUGUGGUGCUUCUCUUGCUCGUGGUUGGAAUAUACAGGAACAUACUGUUUUGUUCAUCACCAGGUUGCUUUCGCCUCCUGUUUCUGCUAAUUAUUCUGGAACUGAAAGCCAUUUGAUUGGCUAUGCUCGAUUCCUGAAUGUUCUUCUCAUCGGAGUGUCAUCUAUUGAUUGUGUUCAGAUUGUUUCUCUGCAUGGAUUGGUUCCACAGCUUGCUGGUGCAUUGAUGCCAAUUUGUGAGGCCUUUGGUUCGUGUGCACCCAACGUGACAUGGAUUGUAAUGUCUGAAGAAAUUUCUUCACAUGCCAUCUUCUCGAAUGCAUUUACUCUUCUGCUGAAGUUGUGGAGGUUCGAUCAGCCGCCUCGUGAGAAUGUUAUGGAUGUUGUUCCAGUGGGAUCCCGUCUAACUCCUGAAUACCUUUUGCUGGUGCGCAACUCCCAGUUGGCAUCCUCUGAUGAUCUGCAGAAAGAUCAAAGCAAAAUCAAGCGGCUGUCUAGACUUUCAAGUCCAUUAUCUGGAGAACCCAUAUUUAUGGAUUCUUUUCCAAAAUUAAAACUGUGGUACAGGCAACAUCAAGCAUGCAUUGGUUCACCUCUCUCAGGUCUUCUCCCUGGAACUCCUGUUCACCAGAUUGUUGAAGCACUGCUGAACUUCAUGUUCAGAAAGAUAAAUAGAACUGGUCAGUCUCUGGCACCAACUACUUCUGGAAGCAGUAGCUCAUCCGGGCCUGGAAAUGAAGAUGUAUUUCUCCACCUUAAACUGCCUGCAUGGGAUAUUCUGGAAGCUGUUCCUUUUGUGCUUGAUGCUGCUCUCACUGCAUGUGCUCAUGGUAGAUUGUCACCACGUGAACUAGCCACAGGUCUUAAGGAUCUGGCAGACUUUCUCCCGGCGUCUUUGGCAACAAUCGUAAGCUACUUUUCAGCUGAAGUGACACGGGGUAUCUGGAAGCUUGCUUCUAUGAAUGGAACUGACUGGCCAAGCCCAGCUGCAAAUUUAGCAACAGUGGAGCAACAGAUAAAGAAAAUUUUAGCUGCAACAGGUGUGAAUGUCCCAAGUCUCACUGUAGGUGGAAAUUCUCCAGCUACCCUUCCUUUGCCCCUGGCUGCCCUUGUGAGCCUCACCAUUACAUACAAACUUGAUAGAUCAACUGACCGCUUUCUGAAUCUGAUGGGCCCAGCCUUGAGUAACUUGGCUACAGCUUGUCCUUGGCCCUGCAUGCCUGUCAUG